AUGGAUAUUUUUCCUGAUCCAUCAUCAUCCGUAUCACUUUCAUCAAAUGUGACAACAUUGAAACAUCCACCAAUCAUUUUUGAACAAUCAAAUAAUCAACUACAACAGAAUUCUGAUUCAUCAUCAAUUCGUCAAUCAGCUUAUGUUUGUGAAGAUGAUCAAUUAGAAUUAUCAUGUUUAAAUGAUAAACAUUUGGAUAUAUUACGUGCAAAUUUUGGUCGUUUUAGUAUAACUGUUUGUAAUCCAAGUGGUUUUCUUGAUUGGAGUGUUAAUUGUGCUUCAGGCAAUUCUAUACUACCAAUUUUAACUGAAAGAUGUGCAAAUCAAAAACAUUGCUCAAUACGUGCAUCAAGUUUAAUAUUUGGUGAUCCAUGUCCAGGUACAGCCAAAUAUUUGGAAGUACAUUAUCGUUGUGUUUCAGGUAAGUGUUUUUUCUUUCUUUUUUUUCGUUUGCCAUUCAAAUUCCCCACAUAA